AUGUCCAGAUAUUAUUAUUUUAUUUCAUUGUGCAUUAUUUUGGCAUGCGCAGUGUCUAUAACUGCAGAAGAUGACGAUAGAAAUGAGGAGGAAGACGACCGAGAAGCCCGGUGCUUCCAAUUCACUUGGCUAGGUCCCAGAUGGAAUAACAACAGUGUGUUUCUGAACGCUACGUGCCAGGACGCGACAAGGCUGUCUGAGGGGGUGCCUUGCGCUGAACCGCUCGUUGUCUCGUAUGACGGAUCAUGGCCAGACGUGCAUUAUAUUUGGAGGAACCACAGGGGAAAUGCUUCUUGCGUUCUAGCAAAUAACGACGUUUGUGUACAGUACACGCAUUAUUUCGAUGGAGUCGUUGACAAUUCGACGUACAUGUGUACAAGAGCUGUGGAUACGAACGGACAAGCAAUAACGAGAGGCUGUUACGAACAGAGAAAUGGCAGUUUUGUCACCCGAGCUUGCUUCUGCCGAUCCAUACCUGGAGGUGUACCUUGUAAUAAUGCUUUCCUUUCAAAUAUAAGCACAUUAUUCGUCUUCCUCCUGGCUAUACUUAUAAUAUUUAAAUCAAAUUUCAUUAAUAAACAUGUAUGA